CUGUCAUGGCGCCCUAGAGACGCUGUUAUUGUUCAGUUCUGUGGGUUGUUUGGAAAACCAACGCGGAAUAUAAAGCCCAUAGAGGACGCGCGGGAAUGAGAGGACGAUCCGGAGAUAAUGUUGAGGACCACCGGCUUCUUCCGAGGGAUUGACUGUCCGUUUUAUUCGGACUACGACGGCGGCAAAGGCGGUAGAAAUGGGUGUAACAGACCGUACUGUCACUUCAGGCACAGCCGGCAGAGUCGGCCGUCCUACGGAGACAUUAAAAAGCUCCAGUCCGGACAAAAAGACCAGGGUUACGAUCCCUUCAACCCAGAAGUAGUGCGACCACAGGAGCAGCAGAAUGGAAAGCCGGCUCCAUCAGGAGACAUCAGCGGCGCUCUGGAGAUGGUCAACAGAGCCAUCGAGGAAGUCCGCAGCGAGGUGGAGCGAGAACGGCAGAGGCUUUCUCGCAUGGGAGACGAACCCUACAGCCCUACUGAGAAGACCUGUUCUCCUUCACCUGAAGCUGUUAAAAGUCAACCUCCCACCUCACACCUAGCUUAUGAUCCUGGAAGCUACCGGAUCACAUCAGGGGGGUACGAACCCACCCCAGGCUGCAGCAAAUACACCUUAGAUUCAGACGAUCAGGGGCACAACAGCAACUCCAUGGAGUAUGUUCCCACGUCAAUGAAAAAACCCCAGUCCCGCACACAAAUCCCCUCCCCGCCCCAGAGCCCGAAAUACAUGAACAGUACAUCCUCUGCAAAGUGCAAAUACACUCUGGACAAUUCUAAACCGUCUACUGAUAUGGAGUACGACCCUCUGUCUAACUACACUGCAGGUAUAGCCGUGAAAACCAAGAAAGAGGAAGGUUCCCAUCCAGGUAAGACGGACCAUAAGACACACAAGCUAACGGGGACUGACAACCCAGAUUGUGUUGGAAAAAAGCCCCAGCUGACGAGUAUUGACUUAAAAAAGUACACCAUCUCCGACUCUGAUGGGGAGAGUUCUGGAACAGAGUAUCGGCCCACAUCGCUGAGCAAUCUCCAGCAAAGAAAGGCCAACAUUAUGUCUGCUAGGGAGGCUUUAGAGAACGAAGCAAAAGACAGAAGCAAGAGUAUAAAGGGUGCACUUACACAGAGGAACAAGGAGGAGCUUUCACAGGACUUAGACAGCCAGGAAAAAAACAAACAAAAGGAGAAGGUGCAAAAAAAGAAGGUGGGAGACCAGAGUGUUGGCAGUAAAAGCAGUAAACAUGAGAAAACACAAACAACCGAUAAGAACAUGAAGACAUCGUUGGGAGUUAAAAGUAGCAGCGGCAGCUCCAGUUGUACAAAAGACAAAGGAUCAGUAAAGAACUGCAAACAGGACUCUGCUAAGAAAGAGAACAAGAGUCAGAAGAAAGACGAUGGUAAAAACAGGGUAAAGGUGAAGGCAUCGCUUCAAGUUCAGCGGGAAGGAAGGGAUGAAAAGAAAUGUGACGGUAAGAAUAAGACGGUGGAAAAAGUUAAACGAGACUUAAGUCAACAAGACAGAGAUGUACGAGAAAGUAAAAAACAGAAAACAUCGGAGCGAGAGAAAGAAAAAGACCAAAGCAAGCAUAGAAACGGCAAAUUGGACGGAAGUCAAAAAGAAAAGGACAUCAAGAAAAGUAAGAGCAGCUCCGGCAGCUGCAAGGGGAGCUCGGCUAAAGUGAAGCAAAACACCAGCUUGUCAAAAAAGAAACCAGAGGACAAAAGUCUGAGUCUAAGCCACAGCGAUCUGUUUGGUGACGAGAGCCCAGAGGAGGCCGAACCCAUGGAGGCGGACUACGACGAAGAGUCCGAGGAAGAUCUGGUGAGGAAAUCAGCGGCCGCGCUAAAGAGGGGUCGUCUAAACAAGAGGAAGGCUUCAGAACGCACACCGUCUUCCUCAGAGGACGAAGCCGACCGGCACCUGGAGCGCAGUGAGUCGACAUGGGAGGAGCCUGACAGCGUCAGAGUCGACUUUUCCGUGUUUCAGGAUGAUCUGGAUUUUGAGUCCGACCCGAUGGAAGAGUGUUUGCGCAUCUUCAAUGAAUCCAACGAUGUGAAGAAGGAGGACAAGGGAAGACAAGGAAAGCAGGCAUCCAGAGAUUCAGAGGAGGAGAGGAUCACAGAUGGCACUUUAACCACCGUCUACCCCGGCCAGAAGAAGAGAGUUUCCCAUUUUGUUGCCAAAGGAGAUACUGAUGCACCUUCAAAGACUGUGGUCCGACCUUACAAGAGACCCACACCUCAGGAGGUCUGCUUCCAGCGCAUGCAGCUGGCUCAGCAGCAAGCCGCUCAGCUCUCAGCCUCAGUCAAAGCUGCUUCACAGAGCUCCGCCUCCAACCUUCCUGGAGAAAAGAAGAGAAUCGCUCACCGGCCCAAUCCACAGCUGGCAUCCACUAAGACGACAGGUCCAGCACAUGGAAAACCAGCUGUGGGUGAGCCCCCUCAGGGGGUGAAGAGCCAAACCACGGCUGGCAUUCUGUCCAAGACCUCAUCUACGAUGCUGCAGAAGAGGACGGCUCACACACCCACCAUGAAGAGCACCUCCAUGAAGCGGCCUGUCAUUCCCACUGAGUUUGGGGCAAAAGUUCCCACCAACAUCCGCCAGCGCUACCUCAACACUUUUAUAGACGAAUGUGUGAAGUUCUGCCCGUCGGAGGAGGCUGCAUUUCGGAUGGCCCUCGAUGAGGAGAAGCUUGUGUAUGAUCGCAGUAGCAGUAAAAACAUCUACCUCAACGUCGCUGUGAACACGCUGAAGAAGCUGCGGGGCAAAAGCGGCUCGUCUUCGUCGCCUGUCACCAAGGAUGCUGGGAUUGCAGCAAAAAGAAGGGCUCAGUCCCACGAGGAGGUUCUGGGUGGCCGCCACGCAGCCACAACCAGCUUCACUGUCAACAGGUCGGGUAAACAGCAGGAGGAGAAACUGUUUGGAGCUAACCUAUACAGGAAGCUGAAGGCCUACCUGAUGACAGAGGAACAGCUGCAGGAGCACGGAUACCCGAGGCCGAACCCAGAGGCCUCUGGAAGGGCCAUCAUUCAUAACCUUCCAGAGAAAAAGAUCAGUCCAGACCCGUUCAACAAGAUUUGCUGUCGCUGUGGUGCAGAGUAUAAGAUCAAUGUUAACGGCAGCUGCAUACGGAAAGAGGAGUGUAGCUACCACUGGGGGCGUUUACGCAGGAACCGAGUCGCUGGAGGCUGGGAGACCACAUACAGCUGUUGCUCAGCAGCUGUGGGAGCUCCUGGAUGCCAAAUUGGGAAACAACACGUUCAGGACGGCCGUAAGGAGUCCCUAGAUGGCUUUGUGUCAACGUUCAGCAAGCCGCUGCCUGUGGAUGGAAACGGAGGAGUGUUUGCUUUGGACUGUGAGAUGUGUUAUACCAAGCAGGGUCUGGAGCUGACCAGAGUGACAGUCAUCGACUCGGAGAUGAAAGUAAUCUACGACACCUUUGUCAAGCCAGAGAGCAAAGUAGUUGACUACAACACGCGAUUCUCUGGCGUCACUGAGGAGGACUUGGUGAACGCCACCAUCACUCUGAGAGAUGUCCAGGCUGUGCUGCUCAGCAUGUUCAGGGCCGAGUCCAUCCUCAUCGGUCACAGUCUGGAGAGCGACCUGCUGGCGCUGAAGCUCAUCCACAGUUCGGUCGUUGACACCGCCAUCGUGUUCCCUCACCGCCUCGGUCUGCCCUACAAACGUGCCUUGAAGAACCUGAUGGCCGAUUACCUCAAACGCAUCAUCCAGGACAAUGUGGAAGGCCACGAUUCCAGUGAGGAUGCGUCCGCCUGCAUGGAGCUGAUGAUCUGGAAGAUUAGAGAGGAUGCCAAGGUCAAGAGAUGACCCCUGACCCUCCCACUCUGCCUUUAUCAGUGUGACCUCUGGCCUUAGUGUCGCUCACAGACAGACUUCUGGAGGUGGACUUGGAGAGUUUCUGGGGCCAUCGAUUUAGCACAGCAAGUCGUUGGAUCGGUGAUUUACUCUGAAACUCAUUAAACCAUUAAAGCAAAAGGAAUCUGUUAGAAAACAUUUUUUUUCUGUUGUUGCCACUUUAGAGUUAAAUUAUUCUUGCAUCAAAGUAUUUUCUGUUUUUUGGGCAGUGUUUCUUUAAGGCCUAAAACCUGAUGAAUAUGAACGAUAUGAAAGAACUUGAAAAGCAGGGGCAUUUUCAGAACUGUACUGAUUAACAU